AUGAAUCGAUUUUACGACAAUCAAGAAGCGCGACUUGUGUUAGAAGCCGAGACAACGAGGGCAUGUCAGGAGAUUGACGCUCCGUGUCCCUUGCUUGCAGACAUAGACAUGCGGGACUAUGUCGUGUCCCAGUUCGACCAGCCUUAUUGCUAUCGACUGACCCACAAAUCGGAACCAGACUCGGAAGCCUACUUCAGGCUCCAUGGAAUCGUGUGCUCGAAAGUAUUGCCGCCCUUUACGAACAAGCCACGCAUCCAAACUAUCCAACAUGUUCGGAACCUUCGGCAAUUCGUGAGGCUGACAGGGUUGGGUUCCCCGGGGUUCGAGCGAACAGGAAGUGCCUUUGAGAAGGUUGUCGAACUCUUUAAAGGCACGCUUCGUACGGACAUGAUGACAGGCGCAGAAGACAGGAUGUACGAAGGCGAUCCGGCGAUAGACUGCCACGCUCGGUACUUCACAGACCGAGAGCUGGUUCCCCAGGAGAAACACCAACCUUUUGACGAAGUCGUGGAUCCCUAUCACAUCUUGGAGGAUAUCCGCGGCACCUCAUUUAUCCACGGACCGGACAACAAAGUGGAAUACCUGAAGAAGACGACUGAGGAAGGCGAGACGACAUACACCCCUAUGGAUCCCAUCAACGUUUGCGAGGGAGACAUAGUUGAAGUAACAGUCGCCUUUGUCUGCGUACCUAUCAAGAACAGUCAGUAUCGCUUCUUAACCGCGCUCAGGGCAAUCGCUCACAUCUCGUCGGUCGUUCGAGAGGCUGCAGACAUGCAACGAGAGAAGGCAAGCGCGAUUCUGAUGCCGCAAAUUCAUACACCUCGCGUCCUGAAGCGCAAGAAGUUGUUUUCUCAGGAGGAAAAGCGGGCAAAGCGGGGAAGGGGUUCGGAGAACGGCAUUAUGCAGUUGGAAAUGCGUGUUGACGACGAGUAG